AUGAGCUCGUCAGACGAUGAUACCCCGCUUGUGCAGGCCAACGGCCGGUCUUCUGGUAUCUCCAGAGACGUUGCGAUGAAGGACGCAGGGCGUACGAAUGGCAACAUCCACAAGGGCGAUGUGGCGAUGGAAGAUGUGGAUGCAAGCGCCAGCAAGAGGAAAUCGCGAACCAGCGUCGGCCAGAGGAAGUCCUACGCGGAACCCGAAAGCAGUGAGGAUGACCAGCCCUUGAGCAAGCGUCGUCGCACUUCUGUCAAAAAAGAGGAGUCUUCGGAUGACGACGUCCCCUUGGCUAAUGGAAAGAGGACCCCCAAGGCCGCCCAGGCCGCCACCGGCGCAGAAUCCGAUUCCGACGUCCCCAUCGGCAAGAAACUUGCCUCGGAGAAGAAGGCGACCCAGCAACGGGCGACGAAGGAUACCAAGGCUCCCACCAAGGCAACCAAGCCCGCGCCCGCCAAUAACAGGCGGCAGUCGAACGGCGUCAAGAAGGAACCCGUCGAUGACGCGAAGCCGACGGCGAGACGGACUAUGACGAAGAAGAUCAAGGCGGAGCCGGAGUCGUCGAGAUCCACCCCGGCGAAGAGAGGAAGCGCCAAGUCGGCGGCCGUGAAAAAGGAGGAAAGCGAAGAAGCUGAUGACGGCGAGGAAGAGGAAUACAGAUGGUGGGAGGACCCAACGAAGGGCGAUGGCACCAUCAAGUGGACCACCCUCGAGCACAACGGUGUGGUUUUCCCUCCGCCGUAUGAGCCCUUGCCACAGGAUGUCAAAAUGAAGUAUGACGGCAUCCCGGUCACUCUGCAUCCCGAUGCGGAAGAGGUCGCAGGGUUCUUUGGAGGCAUGCUUAACUCGGCCCAUAACGUCGAGAAUCCGGUGUUCCAGAAGAACUUUUUCGCAGACUUCAAGGACAUUCUCAAGAAGACGGGCGGCGCCAAAGAUCCCAAAGGGAACAAGAUCGACAUCAAGGAGUUCUCCAAGUGCGAUUUCCAGCCGAUCUUCGCAUACCACGAGAUGAAACGCCAGGAGAAGCGGAACCUUCCUGCGGCCGAGAAGAAACGCCUCAAGGCCGAGAAAGAUGAAGAAGAAGCGCCGUAUAUGUAUUGCAUGUGGGACGGUCGCAAACAGAGGGUCGGCAACUUCCGUGUCGAACCGCCGUCGCUCUUCCGUGGCCGCGGGGAACACCCCAAGACUGGACGCGUCAAGACCCGCGUUCAGCCGGAACAGAUCACCAUCAACAUCGGCAAGGACGCGCGUGUCCCUCCCCCACCCGAGGGUCAUCGGUGGAAAGAAGUCAAGCAUGACCAGGAAGGGACAUGGCUGGCAAUGUGGCAAGAAAAUAUCAAUGGGAACUACAAAUAUGUUAUGCUUGCCGCGAACUCGGACGUAAAGGGCCAGAGCGACUACAAGAAAUUCGAAAAGGCCCGGGAACUCAAGUACCACAUCGAAAAGAUUCGCAAGGAUUACCGGAAGAACCUGAAGCAUGAGCUGAUGGUUGAGAGGCAGAAGGCCACCGCUGUCUAUCUUAUCGACCAGUUUGCUCUCCGUGCUGGUAAUGAGAAGGGCGAGGAUGAGGCGGAGACGGUCGGAUGCUGUUCGCUGAAAUACGAAAACGUCACCCUGAAGCCGCCAAACAAGGUCGUCUUCGACUUCUUGGGUAAGGACAGUAUCCGCUUCUAUGACGAAGUCGAGGUCGAUGCGCAGGUCUUCAAGAAUCUGAAAAUCUUCAAGAAGCCUCCCAAAAAGGACGGUGAUGAGAUCUUUGAUCGGCUCACUACUUCCGCCCUCAAUAAGCAUCUUUCGGUUUACAUGCCAGGGUUGACGGCCAAGGUGUUCCGUACUUACAACGCUUCCCACACCAUGGGUGAGCUGCUCAAAGACAUGAAGGCCACGGGUAACAACGCCGAGAAGGUGAAGGCCUACAACGAUGCCAACCGUAAGGUGGCUAUCCUGUGUAAUCACAAGCGAACUGUCGCCGCAAGUCACGCCAACUCCAUGGAAAAGAUGACCGAACGGAUCAAGGGGCUUCGCUAUCAGAAGUGGCGUCUGAAGCAGCAGUUGCUGGACUUGGAGCCUACCCUCAAGAAGAAGCGGGGCGCAAAGUAUUUCGAACUGGACGAGGACAUCGACCUCGACUGGAUUAAAGAACACCAAGCUUUCUUGAUUGAAGAGCAGAAGCAGAAGAUUCAGAAGAAGUUCGAGAAGGACAACGAAAAGCUCGUCGCCGAAGGUGAAAAGGAAAUGAAAGCCACUGAACUCAAAACCCGGCUUGAAGUCGUCAAAGACCUCGAGAAGAAGUACAACAAGGAAAACAAGACGGGCAAGGUGGAGGCUGAGGGCAAGGGUCCCACCGUCGACAAGAUUGAUACAAAUAUCGGAAAACUUGAGCAACGGAUCGAGAACAUGGAGCUCCAAGCCCAAGACAAAGAAGAUAACAAGGAGGUGGCUUUGGGAACCUCUAAGAUUAACUACAUCGAUCCCCGUCUUACUGUCGUGUUCAGCAAGAAGUUCGAUGUGCCCAUGGAGAAGUUCUUCUCCAAGUCCUUGCGGGAGAAAUUCGAAUGGGCCAUUAAGUCUGUUGACAAAGACUGGGAGUUCUAA